AUGGCUGCAAUUAGUAGCUUACACAGAUGGGCAUCUGAUCAUCACUCUCGUCUUCGUCGAAUCUCUUCGGUUUCGGAGGCAGAUCAAUCUCGACCCACUAAUCAAAUCGUUACCUUUUCGUUUCCGAUAUCUAGAAGAGUCGCUAGUAUUAUUCUUCUCGGCUCGCUUCCAUUGACGAGCUUCUUCGUUCUACUGCCUAGCUCUUCGGAUGCGAGAGAGAGACGGAGCAGAAAAGUCAUCCCCAUCGAGGAAUAUUCCACUAGCCCUGAAGGGUUGAAAUUCUAUGACGUUGAGGAAGGCAAAGGUCCAGUAGCAACAAAAGGAUCAACUGCUCAGGUGCAUUUCGAUUGCCGUUAUAGAAGCAUCACUGCGAUUUCUACAAGAGAAUCCAAGCUUUUGGCUGGAAAUCGUAGUAUUUCUCAGCCUUAUGAGUUCAAGGUGGGAUCUACUCCAGGAAAGGAGAGGAAACGUGAAUUUGUAGACAGUCCAAACGGGUUGUUCUCUGCACAGGCUGCACCGAAGCCUCCUCCAGCAAUGUAUUACAUAACCGAAGGAAUGAAAGUUGGAGGCAAGAGAACUGUGAUAGUUACUCCUGAAGCUGGUUAUGGUCAGAAAGGAAUGAACGAGAUACCGCCUGGAGCUACUUUUGAGUUGAACAUAGAGCUGCUUCAGGUGACGCCCCCAGAGGAGAAGUGA